CGACAUGAUGCCAACCUAGAUGCUGAUUCUGUUUCUGACUCUUCAGAAGUGAAAUCUUGUUCUGCCUUCACAGAUCCCGAAGCACCGGAAAUAGACGACUUCGGUUCCUUUUCACCGUCUUCGUUGUCUUCUAUCACUGAUGAAGUGGCCACUAUUUUUUCUGAUGAAUACGAAGUUGAACACUCUCGCCAAUCCGAUUACUCUACAACAACUGUUCUCCAUCAGUUUACAAAUCGUUUAAGCAAAAUUUUACGACGUGUUGAAGAACUUGAUUUACUUCAGUUAGCAGCUGUUGUUCAAAGCAAACUUGGUACAGUUUACAAAAGGAGUUCCUCUGAUCAAGAGGAUAGUGAUGAAUCAUAUGCACGCAAUAAUGUUUCAUCCACUUUACCCGAUUCAGCUCGUUUAACUAAACAAGAAAUCAUAUCAUUAUGCUGCGAUUCAGCUAAAAUCCGAUUCGCUGGAUCCAUGUCAACUAUACCAACAGGUCGCUUGGUUCGAUUUCUAACUUUACUGUUGGUUAAUAUGCAAGAAGCUGCAUCCGUUUCUCCAAAUAUUUCAAACGUUGCUGAAGCACAUCGAAAUUCCAAGAAACGUCAUAAGCAUCAUCGCGAACAACCUGGAAUCAGUGAUAAUCCUUCGAAUCAGGAUAAUUAUUUUACGGAAAUGGUAUUAUGGUCUGAUCCAGAGUGGUCUUCUUCUCUCAUUGGUUUAGAUUGCGCUCGUACAGCUUUAAAUAUAAUUGUUGGUCCAGAUAUGCCGCGUCCUUUACUCAUGGAGGAUUUGAUUGAAUGCAUUGUAUCUGUGGUGAAGCAUCAACUAGACUGUCUAAUUCAUAAUAUCAUGAGAGUUACUUCUCAUGCACCGCAUUAUCAAAAUUCAUCUGUGUCAUCAAGUUUUUCAAUACUGGGUCAUGUUGGUUACCGAAUAACACAAAUUAUGGCUUUACUAGUGAAUCUUAUGCGUUUGCAGCCCAAUCGUUUUACAGAUAAUUUAGUAAUCAGUCUUACUUCACUCGGUAUGGCCGUCCCUUCUUAUUCUUUAACAUCAGGAACCAGUAUAACUAAUGAAUGGAAACGAUUUCUACUCUCUCCACAGAAACUAUUCAACAUGAUAAGUCAUACUGAAAUUUUUUCGGAAUUGAUGGGUUCUUCAGCAAAAACACUUGGUACUUUGUUUGUGGUUAGUUGGCCAGAACACCUACAACGCUCAAGUCUUUCGCUAUUGGGCACUCUUUAUGGACAAUAUGAAGCUCAUAGAAAAAUGAUUGUUGAUGAAAUAUUUCGCACAUUUUUAUCAGGUCUUGAUGUCAAGCGGAAAUCAAUCGGUGUCAGUACGGAGACUGAAAAAAUAGUAUACUCAUCUGAUAGGCGGACUGCUAAAACUUUCCGGUUGUUAUCAUCUUCAUAUUUCUAUGAAGAAUAUUACGGCUCCAAAGCGAAAUCUAAUGGGUCUCAUGCAAUCCAUGGUGAAUCUCCACAAUUUUUGUACAUCCAUGCACUAAGUGCCCUAUUCCUUUGUAUCACCCAAGGUUUAAUUCAUACACCGAACUUAUCUUUGCCUGCAAACAACUGUUCUAAUCCAUUUGUUCGCAGAUUUCCUUCGUCUGCUAUAUCUACUCCAACACAAAGUUCAUUUGUUUCCGAAGCUGCUACAAUAGAUAAUGCACAAUUCAGUAAAGAUGAAAAACAUGUACUGAGCAGUUACAGUACAGCUAUUAGGCAUGCACAUUACUUGUUAUCUGGUUUAUUUAAAAGGGUUAGUUUGAAAGCUGAAUACGAUAUACGAUCUGUAUUGGAGACAGUUACAAAUGAUUUAUUAAGCGUUACUUUUCAUGCUCCAAUAGAAUGGCCAGCCUCAGCUGUUCUACUCAAUGUGCUUAGUAGUCUUUUAAUUCAACAAUUGAAUCAACCAAAUCAAAACGCUACAAUUUCGGUUAACUCUGCUACUUCACGUUCACGCAAUACUGAGUUAUAUGGUAAACUUGUGGCUGUUGAUACCCUUGCAUCAUUGAUUGUUGGUUUAAAACGUGGAGCUAAGGUCUAUAAUCUGGAUUUACCGUCUUCAUCAUCCAUUCAGAAGAUAAAUCUUUCUGACUUAGAUGACGCUAAAGAUAAUUGUUUGAAAACGAAUAAAUGUCAAACACGUUUAAUUGGAUUAUUGUCAUCCCCAAUCCCCAUAAUUCAUCACUGGUAUUUUUCAUUCCGUGAUAUCCUUCAAACGAGUAAUCAGAACGAUGACUCUAAUUUCGCCGAAAUUCGGGAAAGAUUAAAUCUGGAACAAAAUAUGAUUUAUUUACCAGAUCUUUGUUCGAAAUACUAUGAUCUUCUUCUUCUAAAUGCUCACAGAUUUCAUCUUGCUGCCUGGCUUCACAAUUGUAACAGGAACAUUUCGGUCGCAAAUUUAGAUAUUUCUACGGGGAAUACAAAAGAUCAGUCCACGAAUUCUAUGAAAAACAACGCUAGUGUAGAGAAGCUUCGACAUCAGUUAUUAGCUGAAUUUACGCUCACACAUUUAAACGCAUCAAUAUCUGUUCCUGGUUUUCCGUUCACUAAACAAAACACAUCAUCACUUGCUACAACUUGUCCAGUAUGCCCUAAUUCGUUACAACAUUUGUCCUCACGAAGUCGCGCAAACUGUGCAUGUUGUUCCGGCAUAGGAUGGGGAGGCUCAUUUUUAGCUCAGUCUAUGUCAUCUCAACGUUUCCUUACAUAUUCUCACAUACCAAAGCUAUGCAGUAACAUGCGACUUCGUCUAGUUGCACAUGCUCAUAUAUCUGCGGUUUAUCUUCUUGGUGCUCAUGCAGUUUUGCCGAAUUUCGAUGUACUUUAUGGUUUCAUUUGUAAAUUAGCUGGGGAGUCGUCAGUACCUAUGAGGUCUAAAGCGUUACGUUGUCUUGCUUUAGUUAUUGAUGCUGAUCCAAAGUUAAUGUCUAUGAACAGAGAUACUAAAGACACUAAAUACAAAGCCACGAUUUCAUCAAGUCCAAUUUUUGAUAUCUCCAACAUUGUUCGCGCACGUUUAUUGGACAACUCCACUACCGUUCGUGAAGCAGCUGUUGACUUGAUCAGUCGAUUCUUGACUUUACGUCCACAAUUCAUAUCUGAAUACUAUUCUGUUAUUGUGGAACGUGUUUUAGAUAAGGGUGUCAGUGUACGAAAACGAGUUAUCCGUUGCUUUCGUGAUCUGUUGCUCAAUGAUUGGAAUAAAUUUUUAGAAUCAUCACAUUCUAAUUCUGAUCGACACCGUUUCUCUUUAAUUGGAAAUCAAUUGUGUACAGAUAUUUGUCUGAAGCUUAUUCGUCGACUUCAUGAUGAAAACAGCAUUCAGAAAUUGAUAACUGAAGCUUUCCAAGAAUUAUGGCUGACUCCAAUAUCGAAAUCACAUUCUCGUUUCUCGAAGGUUCUUGACAGGCGCAUCUUGAGUUUAGCAUCAGUGACUAUUACUCUUAGACCGAACAACUUUGAUCUGUUGGACACGUUCAUUGUUCAGGAUCUAUCUUCAGGAGACUCACGUCCUUCAGUGUCCCAAUUUGAUGCUGCGUGCAAGCAGAUUAUUGGCCGUCUGAUUGUUUUAAUCAAGAGGCGUAUAGGUCCUUUACUGGUUCCAAGUUCCAAACAUCUAGUGAAGCAAAGUCACUCAACGGAAUUUCGGACAUCAAAUUCACUGUCUUUUCUUUCGAAUAUGCAUGGUCUUAUGGCUUGCUUACAUCUGGUUAGUUAUAGCAAACCUAAUCUUGUUCGCCCACACGUUGGGUUUUUAAUGGAUCUUUUGCAUAAAAUAUGUCUUUCUAUUCCUGGAACACUAACUAAAACCGGUCAAAUAGAAAAUCAAAUGAAACCAGCAAAUACUCAGUUCCUCUAUCACUUAAUCAAUGUUGUCGAAAUUGUACUCACAGAAAUAGCAAGCAACCUAAAAGAUUCAGAUAGUCCUCCUAUGGAAGAAGCCAUGUUUGCCGGUGUACCGCGUACUAACUUCUUUCAGUUACAAAAUGAUUUACUGCAAUUAGUUCAACGUCAAGGUCGUUUGGUUGUUGAUUCAGCUUUAUCGUGCUUAGCGGUUCUUGUUAAUCAAGUUUUAAAAGAUCAAACUCAAGUCAUACGUUGCUUCGCACAAUUCUAUGGUCUUCUUACGGAACUGUCAUUAGAAUUACGUGAGGCUCUUUCAACAAAGAUAAGUACUUCUACUCGAAUAUCAUCCAAAACUCGACCAUCAAUAUUACGAGCAUUAUAUACUGUUGGUUUGAUUUGUAAAUACUUUACACUGGAUUAUUCAUUCAAUAAAGACAAGAAAUCGAGUUUAUCCAAUUCAAAUCUGCUAGAUGAAGUUGUGGACAUACUUAUGCUUUUUGCCGAAUAUGCAUCCGUUCGUAUACAUCUGCAAAGCAGCACCACAUUUUCUAAUCCUAGUAGCUCUACAAACGAUGUUAUUACUGAGAAUGUUAAUCCAUCUCAUACGAAAUCUGAUAUGAUUGAUCCAGAUUUAUGUCGUAAGGCAAUUACUGGAUUGGGAUUCUUGUUAUUUCGUCAUGAUCAACUCUUCUGUACUGGCUCUGUGCAAUUGUUUUUGACUCGAUUUCUUUCAGCUGUUCAAAAUUCUUUGACUAAUAAUCAUGUCGGUGGAUCCUCAUUUUUUGAGGUCCAGUGUAUUAUACUUGACAAUUUAACACAUUAUUUGUUACAAAAGGAGCGUAAAGCAACUGCAGAUAAUCGUUUGUGGGCUACACAUUCGAAACGUGAAUCUCUUAAAGAACUAACUGAUCAAGUAACUGGUCAUAGCAGUGCAGUCGCUCAAACCUAUCUACCCAUAGUUUUGAAAUAUUGUAUUCUCACACCGUCUACUAGUGUUCGCUCUUCAGCCCUAAGUCUAAUAUCAACUAUAUUACGUCAAGGAUUAAUUCAUCCAUCACACGUUUUGUCUUCCCUGAUUUGUUUGCAAACUGAUUCAGACCCAAGUAUUCGUUCUCGUGCUUUAGUUUGUCUUACAGAAGCCGAGCGAAAAAUUCCUGGAUUUGCUUCAAUGCGAGCUGUUUCUGGCAUUCGCAUGUCACAUCAAUUACAAGUUAUUAUGCAGACAAAUGAGUUUUCUUCACUCAUAGUUCGUGGAGCCAAAGAUUCCAAAAUCUCAUCCGAAGGUAAACCACUUUCUCCGACAAACAAUUCUGCAACAACAGUAUUUUGUAUAAAUUAUGGAUUGUACACUCUGUUGCGAACUAAUCGCCAAUACCGUCGAUCAUUAAUUGUUAACUUGUUAUCUAUGUUUGAUGAUCAGCAGAAACCAUCACUUCAUACCACUGAAAACGAAAGUGCUCAGAAUAAUUUAAGCCAGUUGAUUUUUAUUGCAGAUCAUUUGGCACACUUUCCAUAUGUUGUUCUUGACGAAGUGUACUACGUUGCUGACCUAAUAGAACAACGAAUAAGUCUUAUAGGAUCUACUAUCUUACGAUCUUUAUACCGAAGUUUGUUAUCUUCUCAGAACAGACGCUCAAAUUCAGAAGGCUCAGAAUUAUCGAGAUAUUCAGUGAACAGUGAUCGAAAAUUUACUAAUGAAACUGAUCUCAUGGACUUUCUUGAUAAAUGUGAAGCAAAUCUACCUAGAGAAUAUGAUUUCAACACUUCCUAUAAAUAUAUGGAAACGAUGAAAGCUCUUGAUGACCAGAGUUCGUUUAGUUCAUUUGAGAAAGACCUUCAAAACAUGUUUAAACACUGUCAGUCAGAUACUUUGAAAGGAAAGGCCCGAUCAUCUAUGAUAUACGCAGGUCCAUCUUGUUUACUCCUAAUGACUGUAAGAAAGUUUAUACGUGAACACUAUGGUGUAACCUACAGUAAACUGAAAGAUUACUCUCCGUCGGAUGCACCGAAACUUUGGGAGAAACCGAUCGUAUUAAUGAAACAAUCAAGUUUUGCAGGCCAGCUCAUCACAUUAUCGUACAUAGUCCACCAGUAUGUUUGUAACCCUGGGUGGGGCGACUUAUCUAAAGGUCCUCCAGAUCAUAUUCUUUUACGCCAUUUUCUUGUGUUGCGCCGAGAAUUACUGCUUCAUGAAGAUAGUGCUUUGAGUGAUCAAUCAAUAAUGUGCACUUCCAAGCCUAGUGCUCAAAUUCCUAACAUUGAAAACGAUGUCAAAGUCAGUCAACAAUUGAAUACUGUAUUUUGCAGAAGAUUGUCAGCCGAAAGUGAAGAGUGGAAACUGUUCUACAAAUUUAUGCAAUCCGUCCAGGCAUAAGAAAUCAACUUCUUCAGGAUGUUUACCAUCUGUCAAGCAGAGUCUUGGCGGUUCUAUUGAUCAAACAAUUGGAGAAUUCGGUAAACAACUUGUCAAGCGUAAACAUGUAAAACGGCAGUCUUCAGAAUCGUCUUUGUCAUCUUUAUCAGAUUCUUCUGAUGAGUCUGUGGUCGACAUUGAGACAAAAAUUAAGGAAAAACAUCCUGUUGACUUGCAACCAGAAUGUUUACCUUCAAAGUCUACCAAAAAGCGUAGACGGUUAUCAGACCAUUCCAGUUAUUCUACCGACUCUAAUUCAGUCGACUUAAAUAAUCUUAGAACCUCACAGAACGUCGGCAGUGCCCGUGGUAAUCGGUCUUUGUUGCAAUCAAGUCCAGAUUCAUCAAAUAAACCCAAUUUUGAGUGUCAGUCUCGACGUACGCAUUUCGAGUCUCUGGAUUCUGAUGCAAACUCAGAAACGAACUCUUUAGAUAGCUCUGCUAGAAAAAUUAAUAACGCAGCUAUAAUUUCAAAAGCUAAACAACCUACUGUUUCGACUAAUGCUAAUCAACCAAAGAAGCAACCAACCUCUCAGUCACAUUCGCGAAAAAUUACUAAAACGAAAAAAUCCAAUUAUCAAGAUGUGGAUGCUACUAGUCAUCCUAAAUCUCUUCCUCAUCAAUGUCGUGCGACUAAUUCAAAGCAGUCUACAGGUCCAACUCGCACUCUUGCUCCACUACCAUCCGCUAUGAUGAAUAGUGUAAAUACAUCUCGUUCAGGGAAAAAUUCCAUUACGAAUAGAACAGCUAAACACAGUUAUAAACGAUCGGAAUUCGUCAAUGAACAUGAAACCAAACAUUUAUCACAAUAUUCUUCUUCAAGCAGUAAUCAUCAUAAUUCUAGAGGGAAGAAUUCAAAAUUUAAAUCAUUGCCAUAUAAAACCAAUCAUUCAAAUGAAACUCCACUUCACCAACUACAUUCGGAAGA